CGCACUUCUGCUCAGUCCAGUCCACUCUCCUCGCCCUCGGAUUGAUUGUGCCCCUUCCCAAAUAUGGUUCAAGAAGCCAAAUCAGAACUUGAACGCUUUUUGAAGCUCCACGCCCAGCAUGGCAACGCAGAAAAGUUAUUCUAUCAUCUUGAGAAGGCUGCUGGAUCGGAAAAGGUGCAUCAACACAACGAAGAAUUAUACAGUCUUUUUGACUUUAAACACGCUGACUCCAGAAGGCAAGGAGUGGUCACCGUUUCCUGGGAUCUCUUUACUACAGGUUCGAUAUCCCUUGAGGCACUAAUCAAGAUGCUCCGACUCAAAGCUGAUGGUCAAAAAAUCAAGACACUGAUCCAGCGUGCUCACUUCGUCCGAUUCCCCGAGCGCCACGCUUCUGAAUUGACCGAAGCAGAGAUGCUUGCCCAACUGGGGCUUUCCAGCACUUCCGCCAAACAGAUAGUUGACGCGUCGCCUAAGAUCGACUGGUCGACCGAAAUCAUCCAGCAAGGGUUCGACGCAGAAUAUCAGGGACACGAUCUGAUUGUUAUACCAACCCUAGAAACUCUUCGUCGUUAUGCAGGCCAAUGGAGAGAAGAUGCGUACGAGGCACCCUACACUUCAAUUAUCAGCCCGACCAUGAGCGGUAAAACUCGAUUGCUCAAGGAGCUGGCUAAACACGUAUGUGUGGUGUAUAUCUGUCUCCGGAAAGCAGGCUCCACUGGCCAGCCCCCUCGUUCCGACCUUGCUAGACACUUUAUCCCAGAGAAAGGACAACUGAACAUGAUACAGCACUAUUCCCACCUAUUGAUUGCAAUUCUCAAGACGGUGUAUGAUUUUUUCAAACGACCCGACAUAAGUACUAAAAGCUUGGAAGAUCAAUUAUCUGAGUGGUUUGACUACAGUUUUCAAAUCAAAAGUACUUCGAAGGUUGAAUUUAAUACAAAGGUCGAAUACAAAUUGAAUAACUUGAAAACGGCAAGCAGCUCAGAGUUGAACCUCACUUACAAUGACAUACGACUAGGCGACCUACCGACGAGGAACAAACUCGCUACUGCGGUAUCAGACGUGGAUGAAAUUAUGGAAUCUGAAAAACACGGAAAUCUCAAAGUCCUCUUGGCAAUAGACGAAGCCAGCAACCUGAUCGAUCAUACAGACAGAAGACUCCAUAUUCCAUACUUUUCCUUGUUUCGUCAGGCUUUAUCGACAAUACCUUCCUCGAUGGGGUUCUUCAGCGUCUUCACCGAUACAACGUCCCGGGUCGCCAACUUGAAUCCUACCCUAGACCGAGACCCCAGCAGCAGGUUCCACGGUCGUGGUGUUGAUUUAUUUGCGCCGAUCUACAAAAUCUCAACACUUGAUGUGUUUGUCCCAAAAGACAAGCCUAGCUCGUGGAAUGAUUUGCUAUCGCCCGAACGGCUCUUUAGCUAUGGCUGUCCAUUCUAUCUGUUGUAUUUCAAGGGUGCAAGGAAAAUAAAACCAAAAGGUGCCGUCCAAACCACGGCAAUGAUUGCUCAGGCAAAAUUACUGUUCAAGACUCAAUCCGCUUCUCCCGGAGUACUGUCUAGUCCGCAAUGUUUCGCCAUACUGGGCUCGAUCAUACAAACUCGCUUAUCUCUACACGCGCCAAUAAACUCGGAACUCAUUGCUAGUCAUGCGGCGCAUUGUAUGUUUAUUGACUCAGAGAGAAAUGAUUGUCAGCGAUUAUCCCCCACAGUUUGUCUAUGCAUCUGCAGCUAACAGAGCUCUUGCAUCUGAUGACAAGCGUUGGAUCGAGUGCAUCGAUACUCUUGCUUCCGCGGUGCAAAAAGGACUCGUUGCCCUUGGCGACACCGGAGAAAUGGCGACAAGAUUGAUCUUGAUACGCGCUAUGCAGAAAACAAAGCGGAUUUUUCACAAGAACCUCGAUAUGAUCCCAAAUGGAUACUCAGUGCGAUUGAAAGAUUUCCUUCAAACCUUGAGCGGCAAAAACCCUGACGACAUGGAAUUUGACUGUUCCGAUGAGGAAUACAGAAACAAACUCUUGGACCAUGGGCAGGUCUUUUUCAAUCACUUUACCCGGAUUUCAUAUACACCCAGCGCCACCGACUUCUUGGAGCUUUUGUACCGAGGCGUUGCGGCCCAAUGCAAGGAUCAGCAACCUGGACUUGACAAUCUUUUCACCAUCUAUCUCGCACCCCCAUCCACAUCUCACUAUUCAAAGCUAGAUCUAAGCAAUAUCACAUUUUGCGGUGUUCAAACAAAAAAUCGGAUGGGUUCAGUUCGCAUGGAUGAGAGUCACCACUGGUCCAAAAGCUUUGCCGAAAUUGAAGGCAUCAACAAUCCCUAUCUUAUUCUGUUAUUCAGUUUGAAAGCCACCUCUAGUCAAGUAACCUGGAAGCCUCCGGAACUCAAGGAAGACGCCCAAAGAGUUGCUUACCAGUUUGUCUUACGCCUGAAAUGCGCUCUGGGCUAGAGCGGCUGAUAACCGCAAUACCAGACGACUUACUGAAUCUUCACGAUAAAUGCAACCAGCAUACCAAAGAUUGGGUCAAACAAUUGACCCCAGUCUUCUAUCCAAGGGCUCCCGAAGAACAGACACCUCAGUCACCUGAACCUUCCCUGUCUAAACGUCCCGCACCAGAACCUCCCCUGAAACCAGCUCAACUCCCAGCAGCAAAAAAGCAGUCAAACAGAACCCAACAGGUGACCAAGCAAACCUGGGCACCUUCCCCAAAACCACCUAAACGUCCUGCACCUGAACCUCCCCAGAAGCCAUACAACCUCCGAGCGCCAAAAAAGCAGUCAAGCAGAACCUAGAAGGGGUCCAAGCAAACCUGAUGAAUCUCUCCAAUCAUUCCGGAGCUCAGACACUCUCCCUCCUUGGAUCUGGACAAGCCUUUCCGCCGACAUUUCAACUACCAGCAAUCACACUGCCCUUUGAUUUCUUGCUCUUUUCUCAUCAUCUGCACUAUGCUCUUUUCAUCAAACAGUCUUGCUCUCUGCUCCUCCUCCUUGCUCAUGCAUUCCAUCAGUCCCAAAAUAACUUACACUGCUUAUUUGACAUUCCAUUUUUUUAACAUCUUGAUCAUCCGUUGUUACCAGCCAAAAAAAAACUGCUUUGUGAGGUCUAAAAUAAUUUCAGACAAUAACAGGAUGACUUGUCUCAGCUUCAUGCAUGUGUCCAAUCAGCCCUGAAACCCCUGAAAAUAAAAGAGCACAG